AUGGACGCGCCAGAACCGCCCGCGUCGUCCACCACGGCUCCCCAGCACCUCAUCGCCCACGGAACCUGGAGCCCGGCCGCCCAAAUCGCCUACGGCAUCGCCAGCGCAACGUUCUCGCCCAGCACGGCGAGUCAUGAUCCCGACAGCGGCACUCAGGUUGAGCUCAACCCGCACCUGGUCCCGCUCGAGGUCGGCGACGAGGUCUACGUCGUCGAGGUCUUCCGCCCGUCUCGCUCGGUCGCCAGCUCGUCCGCCUCGACCACCGAGGACGGCGUGUGGUACCGCGGCUACGUCGUCUCGACCGCCCCGAACCCUCGCCUGCCCUCACCGACCGACGCCGCCGCCUUCCACUCGUCCGCAUCGUCCGGCCUCGCGCCCGCCCUCGCCCAAGAGCCGCAGGUCGCGCUCGGCAUCUUUCCCGCCUCGCACGUCCAGAUCCGCGAGCACCUCGCCGACGACGCCGAGCGCACCUUCUCGCACCUCGCCGACCUCGAGGAGCGAGGCUCGCCGGCCGCCGGUGGCAGCGACGACCUGUUCCGCAGCACCUCGCGAGCAGGAGGGUCGGGUCGGGCGGCGAGGAUGGAGAUCCUGCAGGAGGAGGACGAGCCGGACGAGGACGGCGUCGUCAACGGCGACCGGCUGUCGCGGCGGCAGAGCCGCCUCGUCCAGCUCGCGCCGGCGAGCUCGUCGACCAAGGCGAGGAACCGCUCGUCGGUCGGGUCGGCGGCGACGUUCGGGCAGCAGUUCGCGACCGAGCAGCGGGUCGCCUUUCGGUCGUCGCGCCUGUCGUUCACGGGCGACUUGGACGCCGCUCGACCGCCGCCGCCGCUGCCCAACCUCAAGUGCGGCGACGAGACGAUAAGCGGCACCGACGAGCCGCUCGUCGACGAGAUCGCCUGCGCCCUGCGCGAAUGGGCGUCGGCCCUGUACUCGCACCUGUACCGCCGCAACUACGUCCUGUUCGACACCGUGCGCGAGCACAUCACGGUGCUGCACGCAGCGCGCAAGCAGCUCCUGUCGGGCGCGCUCAGCGCGGACGAGCGCCGCAGCCCGCGCCGAGACGCCGUCGCGCGACUGGUGCAGGGCAACGUCGAGCAAGGGCUCGACGUCAUCGUGCGGGACCCGAGGUCGGGCGGGCUCGUCGACGUCAACGUCGAGGGCGAGGUCGACCACGAGUCGUCCCUGUCCGUCGUCAAGAUGUAUGCUGCGCAGGUCGCGCUCGCCUACGGUGCGCCGAUGCCGUCCACCGGGCUCGCCCGAGAGCCUGCCCCGCCAUCGUCCUCCUCCUCGUCGUACCACGUCGUCCUCGACGUGCGUCACCUCGCCGCACAAGUCGCCGCACCGGGCGAGCACGUCGAGCUCGCCUUCUCGCUGUACGCCAAGGGCGAGUCGCGCUUCGUUACCGAGGAGUACUGCCUCGUGCUCAACGCGGCGGGUGCGCCAGCUCGAGACGGCCCCAUGCGCACCGUCUUUCGCGACCUCGGCCAGCACGAUGUCUCGGACCAGCUCUUCCUCGUGUGCCGCAUCGUCAAGAACGGCGCACUCAAGGGCAGCAGCGGCGGCGGCCCGUCACCGGCGUCGCCCUCGCCGCAGGCCGACUCGUCGAGCAGCUUCUUCCAGCCCUCAGCAUCGAGGUCCGACGCCGCAUCGAUCGACACGUCAAGCUCGCGACCGGCACGAGGCGGCAAGGGCCCGAGGUCGAUGCUCGUCACCGACUCGAGCGGUCGCCAGAGCUGCCGCCGCCCGUUCGGCUGCGCCGUCCUCGAGAUCAGCCACCUCGACCCUCGCCUCGUCGACGACGUGUCGAGCGACUCGCCGAGCAUCCUCGCCGACAAGCAGAUGCCGGUCUUCGUCCCGACCGUCGAGACGUCCUUCUCGACCCUGCACGAGGACAUCAUCGCGAGCAGGGUCAAGGAGUUUGAGAAGCACGCCCGAGCAGAGCAUCUCUCGGUCGGUGUCAGCAUCCUGCAGGGCAGCGCCGCCGCUCUCGCUCGCCGCCUUCCCGUCCUCGUCGCCGGCGCGCCGACGACGGGCCGGCUCGAUUUUGCCGACGUCGCGCUUCCCGGCGACCAGCGCAACGACGUCUACGUCGCGCUAUCGAGCGGCGACUUUCGCCAGGGCGCGGCGUCGAGCGGCGCAGGCGCCAACGGCGGCGGGACGAGCACGGUCUGGAGCCUGGCGCAGCUCGCAGCAGGCAGCGCUGCGGGCACGUUCGAGGUCGCCAUCGAGUACACGUCGACCGUCCUGCGCGCCAACAACUGCCCGACAUGGGCCGAGAACGUCAAGCUCGCGAUCGCGCCCGAGCGCAUCGUCGACUGCCACCUGUUCCUCACGGUCCGCAACCGCGCUCGGGCCUCGUCCGACCCUCCCUUCGCCUUCGCCUACCUCCCUCUUUUUCCCGCCUCGUCGUCAGCCUUCCUGUCCGACGGCAUCCACACCCUCGUCCUGUACCGCUACGACCACCAGGUCGCGUCGCCGUCGUUCUACCUCCAGGUCCCGGCCGUGCACGACAGCUCGCGACAAGGCCCGAGCGUGCCGCCCGCCGUCGCCAAGACGCUCAUCCCUCUUCGCGAUACGGUCACGCUGCGCACCCACCUCGUCUCGACGGCGCACACCCAGAACGAGACGAUCCUGCGGCUCCUCCGGUGGCAGCAAGACCUCGUCCACGACCCGGACCUCAUGCGGGACACGCUCGCCAAGUUGACGUUCACCUCGGAGCUCGAGGUCGGCAAGUUUCUUCGCACCAUCCUCGACUCCCUGUUCGGCAUCCUCGUCUCGACGGCCAACUCGUCGGGCGAGCUCGACGACCUCGUCUUCCAGGCCCUCGUCGUCAUCUUCGGGUUCGUGUCGGACAAGCGCCUCACCAACUUUCGCCCCGUCCUCGACCAGUACAUCUCGCAAUCGUUCACCAGCUCGGCGGCGUCGUCGCACAUCGUCGGCCAGCUACAGCGCCUCCUGCGGUCGCCCGCCUCGCCCGAGACUGCCACGUCUUUGCGCUCGACCAUCAAGGUGUUCAAGUGGCUCCUGCGGCUCGUCGUCCGGUCGCGCGAGAUCCAGCGCGCCAAGGAGCCCGGCUUCGGCACGACGGCGUCGACCCUCGAGGCGGGCUUCAAGAGCGACAUCUCGGCCGUCCUCAAGCAGCUCAACGCCCUCAUGCGCACGACGUCGCCCUCGUCCAUCAUCGGCACCCAGACGGUCGUCCUGCAGCACUUCCCGACGAUUCUGCCCGAGCUCGCCGCCGUCUUUGCCGAGGACGAGCUCCUCGAGGUCGUCAUCGCGUUCGUCGACUCGGUCGGCGCCGUCAAGGGCAAGAUGGCCGUCUGGAAGAUCCUGUGCCUGCGCGAGCUCGCCCACUCGACCCUGUUCGUCUCGCCGUCGGGCCGCGCCGCCCUCGUCCCGAGCAUGAUCCGGUGGCUCAAGCCCUUCCUCGCCAAGUUCGACGCCAUGGCGGCGUGCUCGCCCAAGGACCCGCAGGCGACGCGCGACGCCGCACGCGUCGGCUGGGUCGAGGGCAUCCGCCUCGCGACUGGCGUCGUCGCGGCCAUGCUCGACGUCGUGCACGAGGCGCUCGUCGAGCCGAGUCUCGCUCGCGACCUCCUCGCGCAGGAGCACGACAACGUCGAGUACCUCCUCGCGCUCGUGCCGCGUCUGCUCGAGGCGUACCGCGAGCUCGAGAACCUCGCCUACCUCGACGCCAUCGAGCGGCAGCGGUCGCAGGCGUCCAUCCCGGCCGUCGUCCCCCUCGCCUUCCCUUCCUCGUACCCGGUCGCCCUCCUGUCGUACCCGCCAAACCGCUCGCGCAAACUCGCAGCAGGUGGGCGAGCGCCAACGCAGAAGGACGGCGACGACGAGCCCGCCUGGCCGACCUUGCGCUCGGGCCUCGGCGACAUCGCCUGCGUCUUCCUCGCCAUGGUCCAGCUCGCCCCACGCGCCAUCCUCGUCAACUGGCUCGAGGCGACGGUCGAGGUCGAGGGCCGCGACACGUUUGCGCGGCAGCUCGGGUCCAUCUUCCGGGUCGCGCGCGGUAUCCUCGAGAACGAGGCGUUCCCGGCCGAGUGGCUCAACACGACGGCUCUCGCGCAUCGCGUCGUCCUCAAGCUCGUCGAGCCCGCCGCCGAGGUCCUCGCUCGCGAGUUCGUCCCGCCGCCGACGGCGUCGUUCCAGUUCAACACGUCGCUGUGGCGCGACUUCUUCGGCGUCCUCCUCGAGCUCUUGUCCAGCACCCAGCUCCUGAUCGAGGAGUUCUCGCCGCAGAAGAGACGAGCCGUUUGGCGACUUGCGGGCGACGUCCGAGGCGAGGGCGCUCUCGUCCUGUCGCACGCCUGGAGCGUCAUCUCGCGCUCGAGCGAGCGGCAGCAGCAGCAAAAGGGCGCCGGCUUCCAGGUCCAGUUCGUGCCGGCGCUCGUCGAGAAGGUCCUCGCGCUCUGCCUGUCUCAUCACGACGAGCUGCGGCGAGUCGCCGUCAACAUCCUGUACUCGAUGAUCGUCGCCGAGUUUGAGCUCAGCCGCCACUUUGCCCUCAUCGAGGCCGAGUGCAUCGACAAGCUCGACAAGCUUUUCGGCCAGCAGACCAAGGGCGACGAGGUGUCGCGCUCGUUCUUCGUCACGCAGCUCCGACAACUUUUCGUCGAUGCCGACCUCGACGACGAGCUGCGGGCUCAAGCUGCCUCGUUCCUCGACUCGAUUGACUCGUUCCUCGACCUCCUCCUCGCCGUGCGCGGCUUGCCCGAGGGCGACGAGUACCAGGACGACCGCAUCAUCUCGACCCUCAAGCUCAUGAGCUUCAUCCGCACGAUCGGGCGCAGUGAGAUCUUCGUCCGCUACGUACAGCGUCUCGUCGGGCACCACAACGCGUGCGGCAACUACGUCGAGGCCGCCCUGACGCUCAAGCUUCACGCCGACUUGCACGAGUGGAACCUGUCGAACUUGGUCGACCCGCUCCCGGACCUCGACCUGCCUCGCCAGACCGAGUUUGCCCGCAAAGAGACCCUGUACCUGCGCAUCCUCGAGCACCUCGGCAAGGGCCAGGCGUACGAGACGGCCAUCGACCUCGUCCGGGAGCUCGAGCUCGAGUACGAGCGCACGUUCAACUACCCUCGACUGGCCGAGCUGCUUCACCUCAAAGCCGAGCUGUACGCCCGCAUCGCCCAGGCCGAUCGCCAGUUCGGAGCCUUCUUCCGAGUCGCCUUCUUUGGGACUCGGUGGCCGUCGUCAAUCUCGGGCAAGCAGUUCAUCUACCGUGGCGAGCCGGCCGAGACGCUCGGCUCCUUCGUCGAGCGCAUGAUGAACAAGCACUCGUCCGCCACCCUUCUGCAGACGAGCGAGAUCCCGUCCGACGACGUCCAGCACGGCGACAGCCAGUUCCUCCAGAUCACCGCCGUCACCGCCGAGGUCGACCAGACGGCGCCCGUCUUUAUGGGACCCGACGUUCCUGCCUACGUCCAAGCCUACUACCUUCACAACGAGACCAACACGUUCAGCUUCACUCGCCCCCUGCGCAAAGACCCCGUCGGGCACCCUGUUGGCUCGACGAGCGAGCCCGCCGCUUCUUGGUCCGAGAAGACCGUCCUUAUCGUCGAGGAUUCGUUCCCGACCGUCCUGCGCCGGUCCGAGGUCAUCGAGAUCCGCCUCAUCGAGAUUUCUCCCGUCGAGAACGCCGUGCGUGCCGUGUACGCGCAGCAGAAGGAGCUCGCGACGCUCGAGCGGCGGUAUCGGGCGCUCGCGCAGUCGGAGAACGAGGGCGGGUUUGACAGCACCCAGCUCUCACGGGCCCUCAACAGCGCGUGCGACACGCCCGUCGACAAGGGCGUCUCGAUGUACCGUCGCGUCUUCCUCGAACCCGGUUACGUCGCCCAUCUUCCGCCGUCGCAGGUCGCCAUCGUGCGUCAGCUCGAGACGGCCAUCGAUGAACUUGUCGUCACCCUCGUUCGCUGUCUCAAGCUGCACGCCCUCGUCGUCUCGCCCGACAUGCGGGCCUUCCACGACACUCUCGAGCGCUUUUUCGAGAAGAACUUUGCCGCCGAGCUCGCGCGCCUCCCCGACCACGCCUUCUACGAGCCCGCCUCUUCCGGUCGCGUCCACGCCUCGUCUACUGGCUCGUCGUCGGCGCGCUCGACGACCCGCUCCGAGGGCAGCGUCCCCGCCGUCUCGUCCUCGCCAAGCGCCAUACCGCCCGGGUCCAUCUCGGCCGUCAAGCGCGAGUCGGUCUCAGCGCAGGCCGCCAACGACGAGUCGCUCGAGACGCGCAUGAACUCGGCGACGCCGUACCCGAGGGCGGCGAGCAUCAGCAGCUCGACAGCGCGAGACGGACGAGCAUCACCGACCCGGUCCCUCGUCUCGGUCCGGUCGGGCAGCCUAAACGGCGACGGCGCCGCGCCCGUCAGGCGCCCGAGCCUCCUCCAUACGGCGGUCAAGAAGCUCGGGCGCAGGAAGGGCAGCGAGGUGGCGGCGGUGGCGGAGGAGUGA